AUGACAGAUGUGUCGUCUUCCUCCUUCUUUUCCGAUUUUGGGCUGCUACUGUAUUUGGAGGAGCUAAACAAAGAAGAGUUAAGUAGAUUCAAAUCACUCCUAAAGAAUGAGACCAUGGAACCUGGGUCCUGCAGGAUACCCUGGUCUGAAGUGAAGAAGGCCAAGCGGGAGGAUUUGGCUAACUUGAUGAACAAAUAUUAUCCAGGAGAGCAAGCCUGGGAGGUGGCUCUCAAAAUCUUUGGCAAGAUGAACCUGAAGGAUCUGUGUGAGAGAGCAAAAGCAGAGAUCAACUGGACAGCCCAGACCAUGAGACCAGAGGACACCAGGGUCAGAGAGGUUCAAGGUGAUCAUGAAGCAGUGCUGGGUGAUGGAGCAAAAUACAGAAUUCAAAUAAGGGAAAAAUUUUGCAUGAUGUUAGAUAAGAACCGUUUGCUUGGAGAAUCUGAAAAUUUCUGUAAUGAAAUUGCUCAGGAAGGCCGAGAACUGUUGGAACGUUUGUUUGAUGAGGAUGUCAGAACUGGUGAGCGGCCACAGACAGUGGUCCUUCAAGGGGCUGCUGGAGUCGGGAAGACAACCUUGGUGAGAAUGAUGAUGUUAGACUGGGCACAGGGCAACCUCUACCAGCAGAAAUUUACCUAUGUUUUUUAUCUCAAUGCAAGAGAAAUAAACCAGUUGAGAGAGAGAAGCUUUGCUCAAAUGAUAUCAAAGGACUGGCCCAGCACAGAAGGACCCAUUGAAAGGAUUAUGUCCCAGCCAAGUAAUCUCCUUUUUAUUAUUGAUAGUUUUGAUGAACUGAACUUUGCCUUUGAGGAACCUGAGUUUGUUCUGUGUGCAGACUGGACCCAGAUACACCCCGUGUCCUUCCUCAUGAGUAGUUUGCUGAGAAAAGUGAUGCUCCCUGAGUCGUCCUUAUUGGUAACGACAAAACUCACAGCUUGUAAGAAACUAAAGCCUUUGCUGAAGAGUCAGCAUUCUAUACAGCUACUAGGUAUGUCUGAGGAUGCAAGAGAGGCGUAUAUUUACCAGUUUUUUGAAGAUGAGAGGUGGGCCUUGCAAGUGUUCAGAUCCCUAAGAAACAAUGCAAUGCUUUUUAGCAUGUGCAAAGUCCCCGUGGUGUGCUGGGUCACUUGUAAUUGUCUGGAGCAGCAAAUGGAGAGGGGUGGUGAUGUCACACUGACCUGCAAGACAACCACAUCUCUGUUUACCUGCUGUAUCUCUAGCUUGUUGACACAGGUAGAUGGACACUUUCCUAGUCUACCCAGCCAAACCCAACUGAGGAGCCUGUGCCACUUGGCUGCCAAAGGAGUAUGGACUAUGACAUAUGUGUUUUACAAGGAAAAUCUAAGAAGGUAUGGGUUAAUGAAAUCUGAUGUCUCAAUUUUCCUGGAUAUGAAUAUUCUUCAAAAGGACAGAGAGUAUGAAAACUGCUAUCUGUUCACCCACCUACAUAUUCAGGAGUUUUUUGCAGCAAUGUUUUAUAUGUUGCAAGGCAAUUGGGGCACCAGGGACAAUUCCUUUCAGGCUUUUGAAGACUUGGAGUUGGUACUUGAAAGCAGCAGUUAUAAAGACCCCCAUUUGCUGCAAAUGAAAUGCUUUUUGUUUGGCCUUUUGAAUGAAGAUCGAGUGAAACAACUGGAGGAAACUUUUAACUGUAAAAUGUCACCAGAGAUAAAAUGGAAGAUACUUCAGUGGAUGGAAACACUAGGAAACAGUGAACAUUUUCCAUCACAUCUGGUUUUUCUGGAGUUGUUUUACCACCUGUAUGAGACUCAAGAUGAAGUAUUUAUAAGCCAGGCAAUGAGAUAUUUCCAAGAAGUUGUCAUUAAUAUUUGUGAGGAAAUCCAUUUGCUUGUGUCUUCAUUCUGCCUGAAGCAUUGCCAGUGUUUACGGACCAUUAAACUGACUGUAACUGCGAUAUUUGAGAAGAAGAUGUUAAACUCAAGCUUCCCAGCUGAAACUUGGGCUGGUGGUCGCGUUAUUCAUUGGUGGCAAGAUCUCUGUUCUGUGCUUCAUAUGAAUGAACAUUUGAGAGAAGUGGACCUGUGUCAUAGCAACCUUGAUGAAUUAGCAAUGAAGACUUUUAAUCAAGAACUAAGGCACCCAAACUGUAAAGUACAAAAACUACUGUUGAGAUUUCUUUCUUUCCCUGAUGGUUGUUGGGGUAUCUCUAGUUCUUUGAUUCAUAAUCAGAAUCUGAUGCAUCUUGACCUGAAAGGGAGUGAUAUUGGGGAUAAUGGAGUAAAGUCAUUAUGUGAAGCCUUGAAACACCCAGACUGUAAACUACGGAAUCUGAGCUUGGAAUCCUGCGACCUAACUACGGUUUGUUGUCUAAAUAUCUCUAAGGCUCUCGUCAGAAGCCGGAGCCUGUUAUCUCUGAAUCUAUCAGCUAAUAAUCUCUUGGAUGAUGGAGUGAAGCUGCUGUGCGAGGCCUUAAUGCAUCCAAAGUGUAACCUAGAGAAACUAUCCCUAGAAAGCUGUGGCCUCACGGUAGCUGGUUGUGAGGAUCUCUCUUUGGCUCUCAUCAGCAAUAAAAGGCUGACACAUUUAUGUUUGGCGGACAAUGUCUUGGGAGAUGGUGGAGUAAAGCUUAUGAGUGAUGCCUUGAAACAUCCACAGUGCGCUCUACAGAGCCUUGUGUUGAGACGUUGCCAUUUCACUUCACUCAGCAGUGAAUCUCUCUCAACCUCCCUCCUAUGCAACAAGAGCCUGACGCAUCUGGAUCUGGGGUCAAACUGCCUACAAGAUGAUGGAGUAAAGCUUCUGUGUGAUGUCUUUCGGCAUCCAAGCUGCAAUCUUCAGGACCUGGAAUUGAUGGGCUGUGUUCUCACUAGUGCAUGUUGUCUGGAUCUGGCCUCUGCUAUUUUGAACAACCCAAACCUGCAGAGCCUGGAUCUUGGGAACAAUGACUUGCAGGAUGAUGGAGUAAAAAUUCUGUUUGAGGCUUUGAGACAUCCAAACUGCAAUAUUCAGAGGCUCGGGUUGGAACACUGUGGUUUGACCUCUCUCUGUUGUCAGGAUCUCUCCUCUACUCUUAGCAGCAACCAAAGACUGACAAAAAUAAGCCUGACCCUGAAUAACUUAGAGCGUGAAGGAAUUAUGAAGUUAUGUGAAGUCUUGAGGUCUCCUGAAUGUAAACUACAGGUCCUAGGGUUGUGCAAAGAGGCAUUUGAUGAGGAAGCUCGGAAGCUGCUGGAAGCUGUGGGGAGUAGCAAUCCGCGUCUAGUCAUUAAGCAGGACCGUAAUGGUCAUGAAGAAGAAGAUGCUUCCUGGUGGCAGUGUUUCUGA